AUGCUGCUCCUGGCAACGGCUGUCCUUCCUCGCGGAGGCGCUGGAGGAGAUGUUGAAGGGAUUCUGGCAGAAGGAGAACAAUCAGAAGUGUCACCACAAAGAGCCAAAGAGGAGGAGGAGCAAAGGAAGCUGAGGGUUCAAGAUGGAGGCAGCAUGCAAGAGGGGAGACGAAAGCAGAAGGCGGAGGGUAACUCUGGUACAUCCCAGGGUGCUGAAAAUCAAAUUCGCAGAGAGGAGAAAAAGCAUGAAUGUACAGUGUGUGGAAAGAGAUUGGGUAGUCGCUCAACUCUUACUUCACAUCAAAGAGUGCACACAGGGGAGAAAGCGUAUACAUGUACAGUGUGUGGAAAGAGCUUCAGUGCCAGUAGUUCCCAUAGGAGACACCGAAGAACUCAUACAGGGGAGAAACCGUAUACGUGUUCCGAGUGUGGAAAGCCCUUCAGUCAUAGUCACAGCCUUACAUCGCAUCAACGAACUCAUACAGGGGAGAAACCGUAUACAUGUUCCGAGUGUGGAAAGAGCUUCAGUCGGAAUGGCCAGCUUACCACACAUCAAAGAACUCAUACAGGGGAGAAACCGUAUACAUGUUCCGAGUGUGGAAAGAGCUUUCGUCAGUGUAGCAACUUUAAGUCACAUCAAAGAAUUCAUACAGGGGAGAAACCGUAUACAUGUUCAGAGUGUGGAAAGAGCUUCGCUCAAAGUGGUGGCCUCACCUUACAUCAAAGAACUCAUACAGGAGAGAAACGUUAUAAAUGUUUUGAAUGUCAAAAGAGCUUCUGUUCGAGCAGUACCCUUAUCUUGCAUCUACGAACUCAUACAGGGGAGAGACCUUAUACAUGUUCAGAGUGUGGAAGGGGCUUCAGUCACAGUGGUACCCUUACUAACCACCUAAGAACUCAUACAGGGGAGAAACCGUAUACAUGUUCAGAGUGUGGAAGGAGCUUCAGGAAGAAUUGUGGCCUUACGUCGCAUAAAAGAUCUCAUACAGGAGAGAAACCCUAUACAUGUCCAGAGUGUGGAAAGAGCUUCAGCUACAGUUACAACCUUACCACGCAUCAACAAAUUCAUACAGGGGAGAAACCGCAUACAUGUUCUGAGUGUGGAAAGAGCUUCACUCAGGUCAGUGGACUUACUAAACAUCAACAGACUCAUCGAGGGGAGAAACGAUAUACAUGUUUGGAGUGUGGAAAGAGCUUCAGCCACAGUUGGCAGCUUACUGUGCAUCAAAGACUGCACACAGGAGAGAAACCUUAUAAAUGCUUGGAGUGUGGCAAGAGCUUCACUCAGAAUGGCACUUUUACGUUACAUCAAAGAACUCACACAGGAGAAAAACCAUAUACAUGUUCGGAGUGUGGGAGAAGCUUCAGUGACAGUAGUAGCCUUACUAGACACCAAAGAAUUCAUACAAGGAGGAAAUUUUAG